AAGGAAAAGACAUUAUUGCCCAAUCCCAGACUGGAACCGGAAAAACGGCAGCCUUUCUUAUCCCCAUUCUCGAAAAACUGGAAGUAAUUUAUAAGCCCCAGGUGCUUAUUUUAGUCCCUACUCGGGAAUUGGCUCUGCAAGUGAGUGAAGAAGCCCGAAAAUUAUCUCCGCACAGUAAUUUGCAAGUAGCAGCAGUUUACGGUGGAGAGCCAAUUUACAAACAAUUACAGGCCUUUCGGCGAGGAGUAGAUGUAAUAAUCGGAACCCCCGGUCGAAUUAUCGAUCAUAUUUUUACGAGAAAAAGUUUCCACCUGGACCAUUUGAAGUUUGUGGUGCUAGACGAAGUUGACGAAAUGAUUGGCAAAGGAUUUUUAAAGGAGAUUGAAAAAAUAAUGAAAAAGGUUCCAGAAAAACGACAAACUUUACUAUUUUCUGCUACCGUUUCCCCAGAAGUAGAAGGGUUUGCUCGCAAAUUUGCUAAAAAUCCUUCUCUCAUUACCAGCAAAAAUGAUGAUCUGCCAAGCAACACCGAACACUACUAUAUGGAGAUUGCUUCCGCCAGGCAAAAAAAUCAAAAUUUAAUUACUUUUCUCUCAUCCAGCCAAGCAGAUUCGGUAAUCGUUUUUGCUAACACUAAAAGGAAAGUAGAAGAGAUAAAAAACAUUUUGCUUGACAAUCGCCUGCGGGUUGACUAUAUUCAUAGUGAUUUAUCCCAAAAUAGAAGAACGAGGGUUUUUCAGAAAUUCCGAGCCAAGAAAAUUUCCUUGCUAAUUGCUACCGACGUGGCAGCUCGGGGUUUAGACAUUAAGGAUAUUGCUUAUGUCAUUAAUUAUGAUUUUCCCCAAAACCGUGAGUUUUACAUUCAUCGAACUGGACGAACUGGUCGAGCCGGAGCCAGCGGUAAGGCUAUAACUUUUGUUAACUCACCCCGCGAAAAAAAUCAAUUACUAGCCAUUGCCCGCCAAAGGAAUUUUAAAUUGGAAAGGUUUACUAGUCCAACUAGAUAA